CAUUCUGGAUCCUGACCAACAAAAACUGUGCUAAAAACUGGUCAAAAACAUACCUCAAAAACGACCUACUCUCUUGAGUUUUAGUUAUUACCAAGUCCACCAUUAUACAUGUCACAUGAUGGAGCGGUUUAACAAACAUUUCUUACAAUACUACAAACUCAUUCCUUAAAAUUACAUGCAUGAUCUCCAAGAUUUAGGGUCUCCUUAAUUCUCUCUGAUUCUGAUCUAACAUCAUGGGAAACUACAUCACACGUAUUCAAUCCUCCACCCCUACCGGAAAAGUAAUUCUCUCUGACGGUACAGUUCAUGUGUUCGACAAAUCUUUAACCGCGGCGGAGCUGAUGUUAGACCACCCACAGCAAGUGGUGGUUGAAUUCCGGCCAGAAUUGUCUGACAAACGACCAACUCCACUCCCAGCUGAUAAAUAUCUGGAAAUGAAGAAAGUUUACUUAAUGUUGCCGAUGAAAAGAGGAAAGGUUCCGUCAUUCUCAUCGGAAGAAGCUCGGAAAGUUCUUUCCGGUGCAAAUUCCGUUUUAAGAUCACGGUCUCUAUUGUCUUCAUCGCCGAGAUUUCUGCCUUUGUUUGCUAGGAUUUGUCCGGCGGGUAUUGAAGAGGGACACAAAUUUGUCAUUGACAAGAAUGAGACACGUGUCGAUGAGAGGAGUGAUUCAGAGUUACUGUUGCCGGAGAUUUUGGAGCCAGAGUAUUUGAGCCGGCAGCUUUCAGGUAAAGGGUGGAAACCCAGUUUGGAUACUAUAAAAGAGAAGAAGACAGAGAAAAAGGUUCCGCAUUGGUUAUUUAAUUUCGAAAGUUAAUUUUUAAUUUGUUGGAGUUUUUAGUUUUGUUGUUGUUAAGUUGUAUUUGUCCAUCUUCUUUAUAAAGCUAAAAGGAAAGUUUUAACAUAA